UGCUCGCUUGUAGCGGCGGUAUGAAAAAUGCCCAUCGUCAGAUUCGGUGAAUUAUCGGUGCCUUUUUUUAUUAAACUGUCUUUUUUAUUAACGAAGCAACAGGUACACAAUGCGAGCUGCAGCAGCACUAGCCUGCUAGCUGGAACUGGAGCUAACAGGCGGUAGUUUAGCUUGUUAACUAGCCGUUUGAGUGGCUCCGUGUCUCGGGCUAAAGCAGAUGGGCUCCUCGGUGUAUUUGGGUAAAAGGCGGAAGACUGCGCAUCAACACACCGAACCAGAGAUGCUACAGAGCUACAGCCGCUAGCCAGCUACACGUUUGUUGCAAGAUGCGGGUAAACGGCUGUCGUUUCAACAGGAAUUGAAGAUAAAGGAAAAACGUUUCGACUGUCAUCAUCCUACUUUAUGGAGCCACAGCAGACGGCCUCAAACUGAUUUUCACCGCGUGGCCCCCCACAGUGCUCUCCGAUCGGCAGGAUGGCGAGCAGGAGGAAAUCCACCACCCCUUGCAUGGUGCCCCCUCGAGAAGCCGUUGACUCAGACCAGGACAUGGAGGAUGUCCCAGAAGCAGCUGACGCAGAGUACAGUAACGGCGUUCCCCCCCUCUCCUCGGAGCCCCCCGCUCUGCAAGAGGAGUGGGCAGAGGACGCAGCCUCGGACCACUACCAGGACCUGAACAUGGCGGAAGGGGGCUACGAGUGCAAAUACUGCAGCUUCCAGACGUCGGAGCUCAACCUGUUCACCAUGCACGUGGACACGGAGCAUCCCGAUGUCAUCAUCAACACCUCUUACGUCUGCAUGGAGUGUGACUACCACACCAAGAGUUACGACACCCUGCUGGCCCACAACACUCGCCUCCACCCGGGCGAGGAAAACUUCACCAGGACGAUGGUGAAGCGAAACAACGAAACGGUGAUCCAGCAGACGGUCAACGACCUCACCUUCGACGGCAGCUUCGUGAAGGUGGAGGAUGGCGAGGCGGAGGAGACUUCCCGCAGCAGCAUCGCCCUCAGCAAGACGCCCAUCAUGAGGAUCAGGAGCCGGCCGGAGCCCAAGAAGUUCAGCACCGCGCACAAAGUGGCCUACGAGGACGUCAUCAAGGUGGAGAGCGACGACGAGGACGACGAGAACAAGGAGCCCCCCACGCAGUCCCCCGCCCCCAUGACCAUCGCCCCACGCCUCUUCCCCGUCUCCGCGCCGGUGCAGGUCCACACCGUCCCACAAAACAUCUUGGUCAACAGCUCCAACGUGCUGCAGAUCAAAGGGGGCUCGGGGGGCGUGCUUCCCCCCGGGACGCUGGCCCAGGUUCUGUCGGCCCUGCAGAACCAGCAGAACUGCAGCCAGACCCAGACCCAGCUGCUCAUCCCCAUCAGCAGCAUCCCCACCUACAACUCCGCCAUGGACAACAACGUCCUGCUGGUCAGCGCCUACAACAGGUUUCCAUAUCCCUCGGUGUCGGAGAUCAUGGGCUUGUCUUCACAGACCAAGUUCAGUGAGGAGCAGAUCAAGGUGUGGUUCUCUGCUCAGAGGCUGAAGCACGGAGUCAGCUGGACGCCGGAGGAGGUGGAGGAGGCGAGGAGGAAGAAGUUUAACGGCACGGUGCAGAACGUUCCUCAGACCAUCACCGUCAUCCCGGCCAACCUGGCUGCAGCCACCAACGGCCUGCAGUCCAUCUUCCAGACCUGCCAGAUCGUGGGCCAGACGGGCCUCAUCCUCACUCAGGUGUCCGGUAACGGCAGCACCUUGCCGGUCACAUCUCCCAUCACCCUGACCGUCGCAGGCGUCCCCGGCAACCAGCCCAAAGCAGCCGAACCCUCCACGUCGGAAUCAAAGACUGAGAUGGCGGCAGGCGGUGCGUACAGUUCAGACGCAUCGACCGCCAAACCCAAGAAGUCCAAGGAGCAGCUGGCGGAGCUGAAGGCCAGCUACGGCCGGAGGCAAUUCGCCACGGAGGCAGAGAUAUCCCGACUCAUGGCGGUCACCAAACUGUCCAAACGAGCCAUAAAAAAGUGGUUCAGCGACACACGCUACAACCAGAGGAACUCCAAGGAUCACCAAGGCGUCCUGCCUACUGAAGCCCCGCCCACCAGAGCGCCAGCGCCAGGAGGACGAACAGGAAGGAACAACAGCGGGAGCCAAAACGACAGCAACGCCAGCGACCACAACCCCACCAUCGUCAUCGACUCCAGCGACGACGCCAGCGACUGCUCGCCGACGUCAGCCACCGCCCUGUCGGGGUCCACCAGAGACCCGCGGGUCAAGUUCCGCCACGCCUUCCCCGAUUUCACGCCACAGAAGUUUAAGGAAAAGACUCAGGAGCAGCUGCAAGUCCUGGAGGCCAGCUUCCAGAAAUCAGACACGCCCUCGGACGAGGAGCUGAGCCGGCUGCGAGCAGAGACGAAGCUGACGCGGCGCGAGGUGGACGCUUGGUUCACGGAGAGACGAAAAAUGCCUUCGAAAGAGGACGAGGACGAGGAGGACAGCGAGAAAGCCGCUGCUCCUUCGUCCUCGGCUCAUGAGCGGCAGACCACGCCCCCCGCCGCAAGGAAGACCAUGAAGAAGACGCCAGAGCAGCUCCACAUCCUGAAGAAGGCCUUCGUCCGCACACAGUGGCCCAUCCCCGAGGAGUACGACCAGAUGGCGGAGGACAGCGGCCUGCCCAGGACCUACAUUGUCAACUGGUUCGGAGACACGCGCUACGCCUGCAAGAACAGCAACCUGAAGUGGUACUACCUCUACCAGAGCGGGAAGGUGGACGAGGCGCUGAACGGUGAGGCCAAGACCCAGAAGAAGUCCAGGAAGCGUUUCAGAGGUUGGUCCAGGAGGACACGGAGGCCGUACCCCUGCAAGCGCUCCCCACAAGAGGGCGCCACCACCAUCAAGGUGAAGUCGGGGAAGUCGUUCCUGAAGGACUACUACCUGAAACACAGAGCCCUGAGCGAGAAGGACCUGGACGACCUGGUGACCAAGUCCAGCAUGAGCUACGAGCAGGUGAGGGACUGGUUCUCCUCCACCACCAGGAGGGGGGAGGAGGGCAAGGAGCUGUUCAGUGACGAGGAGGCAGAGAGGGAGGAGGAGGAGGAGGAGGACGAGGAGGACGAGGAGGACGAGGAGGAGGACGAGGAGGAAGACGAGGAGGCGGCAGCAGAGCAUGCAGACAGCGAAGAAGAGAUGGAGGUGAAGGAGCAAGGAGAGGAGGGGACUGAUGACGACUGCGAAGAGGAGGAGGAGGAGGUGAAGGAGGUGAAGGAGGAGGAAGAGGAGGAAGAGGAGGAAGAGGAGGAAGCAGUUGAGGAGAAAUCUGAAGGGGUCAGCCAAUCACAGCCUCAGGCAGAAGAGCAGACAUGAGCAGAGAGAAUCAGUGCUGCUUCCUCACACUGUGGAGUGGACAUGGAGGGAGAAGGUGUCAGUGUUUCUCAGCUGGUGGCUCGGGACCUAAACAUGGUCACAGGAGGACUAACUGAUCUAGAAUCUGUGUCUUGGAUUGGAGCUUUGGGUUCUGCAGCAGCUGAGAAACACUGAGAGGACGCUGAUCUACAGACAGGAAGUGUUUGAGGGGCUGAGGGGACCAACAGCAGAGUAAGUCCCCUGCUCCUGUACAAAUAUCAAGGCUUUUAUUUUUGCCCUUUGUCCUUUUUCUUACAAAAGAAGGAAUCAAUGUUUUUAAAGUGAGAGGUGAGACCUUGCAUGGUUUUUUCAUAAUUAUCAAAACACUUUUCUCUGAAUGAUGGACCAUUUUCUCAAGGCCCCAAAAACGUUUUACUGUUCUGAUGAAAAGAGGUUUUUGAAACCAUACUGUUUUUUUAUGUGAAUAGACAAAUUAGUGCCAUUCUGUUUAUAAUUUCUUUUUCUGAAUCAAAAGAAAUCAGUGCGAGUCUGCGUGUGAACUUUUUUGUAUUUUUUUUAAGUCUUAACGACAUAUACAUAUAAUGGAAACUAAAUCCAUGAUACUAUUAUUACGCUAUCCUGAGUUCUUUUGAAUACGGUGAUGAUUUCCAUGUGAGCAGGUGUUUGGGUCCAUUCGGUUUCAAUGACGUCAAAUCAGCUUCUGGAUUAACCUCCAAACACGCAAAAGGCACCAACACCUUAAAAAAUCCACCUUAAAACUAUUGUUUGGCAAUUAUUAGAUUAGAUUUUUUUAUCAGAUUUAUUAUUCUCUACAUAGCGGACUCCCAAAAUGCAACUAUAAGGUAGGCUCAAGUUAUUUACCUUCAUAAAUACACAAACUAUUUAGAUUUUUAACCCAAUAUCAAUGUAUCAAAAUUAAAGAGUUUAAAUGAUUUUAAAAUAAUCUUAAUCUUAUAUUGGGAUAAAAAAAUAAGAAAGAAAUCCUUUAAUUUGAAUAACCAUCAUGGUGUUUACUAUACUGCUUAGAAUACGAUAUUCAUCUUACACAAAUCAAAUAACAAAAAGGUCACUUUCAAAAAUGUGAAUGAAUAAAUAAAAACAUGUUAUGUUUUUGACUGUUGGUCCAUGUUCUUUAAAGAUUUCCCUCAGGCUCGGACUAAUGAUUAUGUUUGUUAAACUUUCUGAUGGACCUUCAUUAAUCAGAGAACAAUAGGGGAGGUCAAUCGUCUGUUUAAAUGUCUUUUUGUUGGUCCGACAGUCACAAGGUUACAAUGAUGAAUAAUAAAGGAAACUACGAACCUUAGACUCUGUGGAAAUGAUUAUGUAUCACUAACUUCUGACAUUAAAAAUAAUUAUGACUCUAGGCAAAUAAGUUCAUUAAACAUAUACAGAACUAAAAAUGAUCCGUACUUUUAACAUCUCAGACUUAUAAUUAAAUGAAUUAUAUUAAAUAUGUACAUUUUUACUAACUGCUUUCUCUAUACACAUAUCUUAUCUGCCACCUUUUGACAAGUUCAAGGGUUUUCAGAGGCAUUGUGGGAAAUGUAGGAACAAAAGUCACAAUACAAUAGCCAGUUAGACAUAGACCAAAAUAAUGAAAAAUCAUGACUACAAAAUGAAAUGAAAGAAAUAAACAAAAUGUUUUAAGGUGGAUUUUUCUUUGAGCUCUACAUUAAAGCUCUGAUAACACGAUUCAAAAGAAAGAUGGAGGAGGAUGAUACAGAUUAAACUUCAGUCACUUUUUCGUCAUUCUUUGGACACUUGCCAAAUAAAUUAUUUUUCCAACAAGCUGAUUUUGUGAUCGACUCGAAACGGAGAUACACUGUUUGUGUCUUGUCCAAAAAGAAAAACAGAAAAAGGCACGUGUGCUCUUCUUCAGGAAACCGGCAACUUUACCUCAGUCAGUGAAGCUAAUAACUCGGCAAGAUUGUGACAUUUACACUUCUCUUUUUCUAUAGAAUACUGUAUGCAUGAAUAUACGAGUACACGAUAAUAAUUAUGUCUCCUGAGAUGGCGUUUCUGUCUUUUUUUGUCUGUGCCACCUAAGUUUAAAUCACUUUAAAAAGAAAAUAAAAGAAGACAUAGUUAUUGUUUAUUGCUCAAAUACGGGUGAACUAACAAAACAAUAUCCUUCAGGUUUUUCCACGAGAAAUAAUAUUUUAGGGAUGAGAAACCACAAGCACUUGGCUAGGUUCCCACGGGAACUUUUUAACUUUUCAUACGUGGGGUAAAAAAAAAGGAAAUGCUAUUAUAAUAUUUGUCUUUUCUCUGCUCUCCAUGUGUAGGACUGUUAGGAUAUGCAAUGAGAAAACAAUCAGCGGAGGUUUCUGGGUUUUAUUGAUCCUUUUCCAGCUCUGUACGUUACGCCUUUCUGCCAUUUUACAUCGCUUUAAUAGCCAACUUUUUAGUAGUUAAUUUAUUUAUUAUAUCUGGACUUUCAUGGAUAUCUUUUUUUGUCUGCAAGCGAAAAAUAAAAAGUGAAAAACAAGUUU